AUGGACUUGUAUGGGAAGAUGGCUGCCACUCAGGAUGUGAAAGGGAAGGGGGAGGGAGGGGACCAAAACUUCGACUACAUGUUCAAGCUGCUGAUCAUCGGCAACAGCAGUGUGGGCAAAACGUCAUUCCUGUUCCGUUAUGCCGAUGAUGCCUUCACUUCGGCCUUUGUCAGCACAGUGGGCAUCGACUUCAAAGUAAAAACUGUGUACAAGAAUGACAAGAGGAUCAAACUGCAGAUCUGGGACACAGCAGGCCAGGAGCGCUAUAGGACCAUCACCACUGCCUACUACCGUGGAGCCAUGGGCUUUAUUCUCAUGUAUGACAUCACCAAUGAGGAGUCCUUCGGUGCUGUGCAGGACUGGUCGACUCAAAUAAAAACGUACUCGUGGGAUAACGCACAGGUGGUGCUGGCUGGGAAUAAGUGUGAUAUGGAAGAGGAGAGAGUGGUCUCAGUGGAUAGUGGCAGACUGCUGGCAGAACAGUUGGGAUUUGAAUUCUUUGAGACCAGCGCCAAAGACAACAUCAAUGUGAAGCAGACCUUUGAACGUCUCGUUGACCUAAUUUGUGAUAAGAUGUCUGAGAGCUUGGACACUGAUCCAGCUGUCACCACAGGAGCUCCCACUGCCAAACUCACAGACAGUGCACCACCCCUCCAGCAGCCCGCGUGUAACUGUUAG